GGAGCAACCAGCACGUCUGUCACAAGUUUAGACUGAAACGUCACCCUUUUGACCAAUCAGAGACGUGGAAAGAUUUCUAACUUCCGGGUCUCCCACUAACAACCAUGCGGUUCCGGUUCUGUGGGGAUUUGGAUUGCCCCGAUUGGGUGCUGGCCGAAAUCAGUACAUUAGCAAAGAUAUCGAGUGUGAAGAUGAAACUCCUUUGUGCUCAAGUGCUGAAGGAUUUACUGGGUGAGGGUAUAGAUUAUGAAAAGGUAACAAAACUGACUGCAGAUGCAAAGUUUGAGAGUGGAGACAUUAAAGCCAGCAUAGCAGUUCUCAACUUUAUUUUGUCCAGCGCUUCAAAACAUGAUGUCGAUAGUGAAUCUCUGUCCAGUGAACUGCAGCAACUCGGCCUGCCAAAAGAGCAUGCUACGGGGCUUUGCAAAUCUUAUGAAGACAAACACUCUGCACUUCAAGACAAAUUAAAAGAAACCAGCCUGAGAUUAAGAAGACUGGACUCAGUUUCCUGGCGUGUGGAUUACACUCUGAGCUCUAGUGAACUCGGAGAGGUGAAUGAACCCCUGAUUCAUCUUAAACUUCAGACCCAUGAAUCAGAACCAGGCUCCUCUGACACUACAGUGGUCUCAGUUUCACAGGAUAAGUUUCGAGUUUUGCUUACUGAGCUUAAACAGGCACAGGCCUUGAUGAACGCACUGCAAUGAAGAACGGAGAACAAACCAUUGACUGGGAGCAAGUAACAAAUGAUUUUGAGGAAAUGUCACAAGUGCCAUAUUUACAUGUUGUACAGUAUUAACUGUGUGCUUGAUUUUGUUCAUAUCCAAUGUUAAAAUAAAGUUAAAUUUCUUACUUGAAUGUUA